UCUUCAGCAACGAGUAGCAGAAUUGGAAAAAAUCAAUGCAGAAUUUUUACGUGCGCAGCAGCAGCUUGAGCAAGAAUUUAAUCAGAAGAGAGCAAAAUUUAAGGAGUUAUAUUUGGCCAAAGAGGAGGAUCUGAAAAGGCAAAAUGCAGUGCUACAAGCUGCGCAAGAUGAUUUGGGACACCUUCGAACACAGCUGUGGGAAGCACAAGCAGAAAUGGAGAAUAUUAAGGCUAUUGCCACAGUCUCUGAAAAUACCAAACAAGAAGCCAUAGAUGAAGUGAAAAGGCAGUGGAGGGAGGAAGUUGCUUCACUUCAGGCUGUUAUGAAAGAAACAGUUCGUGACUAUGAGCACCAGUUUCAUCUCAGGCUGGAGCAGGAACGAACACAGUGGGCACAAUAUCGAGAAUCUGCAGAAAGAGAAAUAGCUGAUUUGAGGCGAAUGCUGUCUGAAGGCCAAGAGGAAGAAAAUUUAGAAAAUGAAAUGAAAAAGGCCCAAGAAGAUGCUGAAAAACUUCGGUCUGUUGUGAUGCCCAUGGAGAAGGAAAUUGCAGCUUUGAAAGAUAAGCUGACAGAGGCUGAAGACAAAAUUAAAGAGUUGGAGGCCUCAAAGGUUAAAGAACUGAAUCAUUAUCUGGAAGCUGAGAAAUCUUGUAGGACUGAUCUAGAGAUGUAUGUAGCUGUUUUGAAUACUCAGAAAUCUGUUCUUCAGGAAGAUGCUGAAAAACUUCGGAAAGAAUUGCAUGAAGUUUGCCAUCUCUUGGAGCAAGAGCGACAGCAACACAACCAGUUAAAACAUACAUGGCAGAAGGCCAAUGACCAGUUUCUGGAAUCUCAGCGUUUGCUGAUGAGAGACAUGCAGCGAAUGGAGAUUGUGCUAACUUCAGAACAGCUCCGACAAGUUGAAGAACUGAAGAAGAAAGAUCAGGAAGAUGAUGAACAACAAAAACUUAAUAAGAGAAAAGACCAUAAAAAAACAGAUGUUGAAGAAGAAGUCAAAGUACCAGUAGUAUGUGCUUUAACUCAAGAAGACUCUUCAGUCCACUUAUCAAAUGAGGAGGAGCAUUUAGACAGUACCCAUGGUUCAGUCCAUUCCUUAGAUGCAGAUUUAUUGUUACCAUCUGUAGAUCCAUUCAGUAAAUCGGAUAAUGACAUGUUUAAAGAUGGACUCAGGAGAGCACAGUCUACAGACAGCUUGGGAACCUCGGGCUCAUUGCAAUCCAAAGCUUUAGGCCAUAACUUCAAAGCAAAAUCUGCUGGAAACCUUGAUGAGUCGGAUUUUGGACCUCUGGUAGGAGCAGAUUCGGUAUCUGAGAACUUUGAUACUGCAUCACUUGGGUCACUGCAGAUGCCAAGUGGGUUUAUGUUAACCAAAGAUCAAGAAAGAGCAAUCAAGGCGAUGACACCAGAACAAGAAGAGACAGCAUCCCUCCUCUCCAGUGUUACCCAGGGUAUGGAGAGUGCUUAUGUGUCUCCCAGUGGAUACCGCUUAGUCAGUGAGACGGAGUGGAAUCUCCUGCAGAAAGAGGUUCAUAAUGCUGGAAAUAAACUUGGGAGACGUUGUGAUAUGUGUUCCAAUUAUGAAAAACAAUUACAAGGAAUUCAGACUCAGGAGGCUGAAACAAGAGACCAGGUAAAAAAACUGCAGGUGAUGCUAAGGCAAGCUAAUGAUCAGCUAGAGAAGACAAUGAAAGAUAAACAGGAGCUAGAAGACUUCAUCAGGAAGAGCACUGAGGACUCCAGCCAUCAGAUCUCUGCCCUUGUCCUGAGAGCCCAAGCUUCUGAGAUCUUACUUGAAGAGUUACAACAGAGUUUUUCCCAGGCAAAGAGGGAUGUUCAGGAACAGAUGGCGGUGCUGAUGCAGUCACGGGAACAGGUUUCAGAAGAGCUGGUGCGGUUACAAAAAGACAAUGACAGCCUCCAGGGAAAACAUAGCUUGCAUGUAUCAUUACAACAAGCAGAAGACUUCAUCCUCCCAGAUACUAUAGAGGUGCUCCGGGAGUUGGUAUUAAAAUACCGUGAGAACAUCAUUCAUGUGAGGACAGCAGCAGACCACAUGGAAGAAAAGCUGAAGGCUGAAAUACUUUUCCUAAAAGAACAGAUUCAAGCAGAACAGUGUUUAAAAGAAAACCUUGAAGAAACUCUACAGCUAGAAAUAGAAAACUGCAAGGAGGAAAUAGCUUCCAUUUCUAGUCUGAAAGCUGAAUUAGAAAGAAUAAAAGUAGAAAAAGGACAGUUGGAGUCCACAUUAAGAGACAAGUCUCAGCAGCUUGAGAGUCUUCAGGAAAUAAAGAUCAAUUUGGAAGAACAGUUAAAGAAAGAGACUGCUGCUAAGGUUGCUGUUGAACAACUGAUGUUUGAAGAGAAGAACAAAGCUCAGAGAUUACAGACAGAAUUAGAUGUCAGUGAACAAGUCCAGAGAGAUUUUGUAAAGCUUUCUCAGACGCUACAGGUGCAGUUAGAGCGAAUUCGGCAAGCAGAUUCCUUGGAGAGAAUCCGGGCAAUUCUGAAUGAUACCAAACUGACAGACAUUAACCAGCUACCCGAGACAUGACACUCUUGAUAGCUGGAUUCUAGCCUGCACUUUGGGUUUUAACUCAUCUUUAGAGCAACAUUAAUUAUUUAACUCUUAACUGAAGAAGCAGAAGUCACAACAAAAGGAAGACUGGAGAAAUGUUUUAUUUCUAGUGAGAGAAGACUGUGCAGCACAGCAACAGCCAGCCAAUAGCUAGAGUGAUUUGCAGCCAACAGAUCUUUCAAAGAUGAACACUAAUGAGACUCCAGACUUAAUUCCAACAGGUGUGGUAUCAGAUUUGAUGGUGGAAAAAAGUGCUGUCUCCUUUGCCUUCUUUCUCCAACAUAGAUUUUUGGAACACAUUUCCCUACCCUGAAGCAACUUCCCAGUAGUGUUUGGAAUUAAUUUCCUGUUUAUAGAUAUUGGGAGAGAGGUGUUUCUGUUGUCUAGAGCUCAUCAGUAACAGUGUCCAGCUAGCAGAUGUGUAGUAUGCUGUAUGACUAUUUUAUAUUAAAAUAUGAAGUGUGAGAGCAGGCCAUUGGCUAAGACUGUAUUUGCCUCGCUCAGUGCAUUUUCCUUUUCACCACUGAAUCUUCAAAUACUGGAGGACCUUAAAUGCUACUGAAGUUUUGCUGAGAACCAGGAGAUUGUGGCAAUCAAAAUCAACUCAAGAACAGAAUUAGGACUUGAAAACUUGGCUGAGGCUAUAUAUUAUUGGAAGUGGAAUUUAAAGGAAAAGCACAAGAAACUGUUGGAAAGCACUUUUCUUUCUGCAAACCUGGAUGAUCUUCAUGGGCUAAUAGGUACCAGGAUAAAGUGGAACUGGCACCGGCACCACCUACACUUUUGAAGUUUUAGUUACUGAAUCAGUGAAAAAAAAUUAAUAAAACAAGCUAUGUCUGACAAUACCUAGUGCACACUUAUAUCGUUUUCAAUUU